CUUCUUUGCGUCUCUGUGGGUUUUGUUUAUCUGCUUUUUGCUUUUGCUUUUAUUUCAGCGCGUGGAGUUGAGUAAUUUAGAUCGGAUUACUCAUCUUUUAGUAAUAUCAACGCUUUCGUUGCUCAAGUCCAGUCACUUAUUCGAACUUUAAAAUUACAGAUACCAUUCGGGUUAGAAUAAACGUUGCUUGUACUUCGAGCAUCACCUUAAUACCUGUCAAUAAACAUGGGUAGCAAUGAUGAAAAUAAAGUUGUGCUUGUAGGCGAUGUGCAGUGUGGAAAGACUGGAUUAAUCUACAAUUAUUUCUCUGACAAAUUACCUGAUCCUGCUGUGCCUACAAUUUAUAAAGAAUAUCGAACAGAACUGGAUGUGGACGGUCGCAAAGUGCCUAUCGUUUUGUGGAUCGUCCCUGCACAAGACCACUACAGUGCUAUUCGAACCCUCACCUACGAAAAUAGCAAAGCUGUGAUUCUCUGCUUUGCCAUCGAUAAUCCGGAAAGUUUGACUAAUGUUACUUCAAAAUGGUAUCCUGAAAUCAAAGAGCAUUCUCCAAAUGCGCCUAUAAUUCUUGUUGGUAACAAAGUUGAUCUUAGGUCUGAUGAAAAUACCAUUAAUGAGCUUUCUAGUAAGUCGCUUCAACCCGUUUCGUUUGAACAAGGCAAAGAGGUGGCCGAAAAAAUCAAAGCUGUUCAAUAUUUUGAAUGUUCUGGAAAAAAUGGUGAUGCUGUAAAGGAAAUGUUCAAAGCUGCUGCAGCUGCCAUUCUUAAUAACAGUAAUGGCAUUGAAGCACAUUAGAGUUGAUUAAUUAUAACAUAUCAUUGUUGCAAACGUUUUUUUAGUCAUUUCUUCUUAAAGGAUGUUUUUUGUAAUUCAAGAAAUUUAUCUCUAAGUUAAGGGAGAGAAUGUUAAUCUUUUAAAACCUAGCAUGAAGUGUAGAUAAUUACAAAAUCAUUUUUACAGUUUAACAGGAAAAUUUUUAUAGUGAAUGAAUAACAUUUGGAAUUA